UAAACGAAUCAACUUUUUUUUUCAACUCAUUAACAUCUUCCAAGAGUUCCAGCCUUCAAAAUGUUCAAGCCUUGCCCACUGGACUACUACGUAUCCAAGGAACAUCCAAGUAUUACAUUAUUUUACCAAAGAACUCUGGAUCUGCGGCUAUGCCAUCACAAACCCAAAUGGUAACAUCAAAAACGGCUCCACGUCUGCUUAAAGUAAUACCAUCACAAACUCAAUUACUGGUGACAUCAAAAACUGCUCCACCUGCACUUAAAGUAUAUCCAUCACCAAAGCAACUAUUGAUAAAAUCAAAGACUUCUUCACCGGUACUGAAAGUAAUCCCAAAAGUUAGGAUGCCAUCAAAUACUGUGAUAUCUAGAUCUGAACCUCCACUGAAAGUAGUCCCAUUGAAAAUUAUAAAAAAUCACCCGACAAAGGUACAUCCAAACACUCAAGUCGUAACCAAGAGUAAAAGUGCUUCGCCUACAUAUAUUAACCCUUUCAAUUAUACUCCUAAGGUAAAAAACACGUUACCAUCUAUCUGCAUACAAAAAAUUGCAGUGAAAGGUGAAGGAAACUUAAUGCAGGUAAAAAUGUUAGCAUGGGCUUGUAAAAUUUGCACGAAAGAAUUCCAUGAAAAAGAACAACUAAUGGAGCAUUACGAAAUGCAUAAGAAUACCACAGAUCAGCUAGGUGAUAUCGAUGAAAAUAACGAUGCAUAUAACAUAAGCAGCAAAGAAGUAACUUGCCCAGUUUGCUUGAGGACAUAUGCCCACAUGGACAGCUAUAGAGCACAUGUUGCUCUUAAACACAAACCAAAAGACCAUAAUUGUGAUACGUGUAAACGUACUUUUCCUGACGAUUUUUACUUGAGUCGUCAUAAUGCUACGCACAAUGAAGAUCCAGAAUUGUACGAGUGCGUGAUAUGCAAAAAGUUUCAAACAAAAAACGCCAAAAACUUAUACGAACAUAUAACCAAAGAACAUGUAAAAGAGGAAAUGUAUUGCAAGGAAUGUGACAAGACGUUCUUAUCGAAAACGUGGUUCGAAGAUCAUAAAAUAUUUCACGUAGAAAUUAACGAAAUAGAUAUGUAUAAAUGUAGCAGAUGCAAAUCUACCUUCACGACCAACUAUUCCUUGAUGGAACAUGUGCAGGAAGCUCAUAUCAAAUACAAAUGCGGUCAGUGUGAUGUAACCUUUCCCUACAAGCAAAAUUUAGACGAACAUAACCGCCAUCUGCAUGUAACUGCAGAAGAGUUACUUUGUAAUGAAUGUGGGAAAACAUUUACAAACGUAAAAUAUCUUAGGCGUCACGAAAAAACCCAUAAACCAGAGAAGUAUGUUUGUUAUAUUUGUGGUAAAAUAUUGGUAAAUAAACCAGGCUUCAAGCUUCACAUGAGAGUGCAUACUGGGGAAAAACCAUAUAAAUGCAAUUUCUGCAACAAAGCUUUUCGUCAAAGCAGCGUCUGCAACACACAUAAGAAGAGAAUUCAUGGCGAGAGUCCAUAUCCUGGUAUGAUACGUAUGAUAGAGAAACCAUAUUCUUGUUCCCAAUGUAAGAAAUCUUUCUUCAACACAGCCAGUCUUAUGAUACACAUGCGAGUCCAUACUGGGGAGAAACCAUAUUCUUGUUCUAUGUGUAAGAAAGCUUUCUCCUAUGCAUCCAGUUUUAAGAUACAUAUGCAAACUCAUAACGGCGAGAGACCAUAUCCUUGUUUCGAAUGUAAUAAAUCUUUCACCGAUAGAACGGGUCUUAUCAAACAUAUGCGAGUCCAUUCCAAAGAGAAACCGUAUUCUUGUUCCAUAUGUAAGAGAGCUUUCUCCCAGUCAGCCAGCCUUAAGAUACAUAUGCGAGUCCACACCAAAGAGAAACCAUAUCCUUGUUCCGUAUGUAAGAAAGCUUUCUCCCAGUCAAACACUCGUCAGGUACAUAUGACAAUCCAUACCGGGGAGAGAGCAUAUCCUUGUUCCAAAUGUAACAAAAAGUUUAUUACUAAAGGUAUGAAAGAUGUUCAUGAGAAAAAGUGUAAUAAUUUUAAAUAGUUCCGUAGUUUGAAAUAUGUUUUAUUGCUCUUAAUAAAAAAAUGUUUAUA